CUGGAGUUCUCCAAUUUGGAUUCUUGAACCUCUCUGCCACCUGCCUGCUGAACCAUCUGGGGACUUUAAUACAGCCCACACGGUUUGAAAGGAUUUCUGCCAGUAAUAGAGACGAAGCCAUUACUGUGAAGGGGCAGACAGGAAGUGGAAGACUCGACUGUGUCCACUUCACCUCUGGAGAAGUGACGGGGACCCACGGAUGAGUGGACUCACUCUCGCCGGCUCCACCGUGAAGUUGACACGUCCGUGGAUCCAGCUGCUGUGUCCGCUCCACACACACAGGACGGAGGAAGACUUUUCCACCACUCUCACUUGUAUUCACAUCGUGACGCCAUCUCCCUGUGCGCACACCUCGCGCGGGAUACGACUCCAUGACACGAGCUGCAGCGAUGUGUUCGCCCGGAACCAGGGGAAUAACACAGUGAGCGACAUUUCCACACAAAGGAGAGGAGACUUGCUGAAUUAAACUUCCCACCAUUUCUCCCGGAGGCGUGAAGGAGCACCCGUGGGCGCCUGUUCGGUCUGAAACAACCGACUCGACCCGCCGCUGCGCGCCGCUGGAUGGGACGCACAUAGAAGAAGGAUAGAACAUGUUUGGUCACCUGAAGUUGCAGGUCGGGAGGUCAACGACGAUGUCAGGGGUCCAAGGUUUUGGGAAAUGAUUCCUGGCUGCACCGACGGCAAAAUAAUGGUCAGAAGAUGUCUAGUGACGUUCAAGCCGUUCAGGAUAUUCGUGGUGGGUAUAGGCUUCUUCAGCCUCUGCUUUCUAAUGACCUCUCUGGGGGGGCAGUUCUCAGCCAAGAGACUGGCGGACUCCCCCUUCACCAUCCGCACAGAAGUGCUGGGGGGUGUGGAGUCACGUGGUGUGCUGAGGAAGAUCAGUGACAUGCUGGAGGUGAUUCUGAAGAGAAUGGACAGCCUGUCCAAACUCGACAACACCUCCACCACCGAUGCACGCCGUCUGGAUGAGCUCAGCUCUGCAAUCAACAGGUUUCAACCAGCCGGCCUGGUGGAGAGGAUCCAAGCUAUAGCCCAGAACGUCUCUAACAUGGCCAUCAGGGUGGAGCAAAUACUGCAAAACAGCAUGGUGCAAGGAAGAGCAAUCAGAGAUGGGACGUCAAGCCAAUGUGAAGUGCCAAGAGACCCACGCUUCCCAGAGUGUCCUGGGAAAGUAGAUUGGAUGCGUGCCCGUUGGACGUCAGACCCUUGCUAUGCCUUCUACGGCGUCGACGGUUCAGACUGCUCCUUCCUCAUCUACCUGAGCGAGGUGGAGUGGUUCUGCCCCCCAUUGGCCUGGAGGAACAACAGCAGCCCCCCCCCACAACAUGCACAGCUGCCAAAGGCCCCCAAGAGACAGGCUGCAUUCCGCACAGACCUCUCUGUACUUUUGGACCAGGUUGGGACAGGAAAGGAGUCCCUCAGCUUCAUGAGGCGCCGAAUCCGCCGCCUUGCACAGCAGUGGGCGACAGCCGCCAACCGCCUGGAUGCUAAACUGGAGCAAAGAUGGAGGGACCAGAAGAAGAUCCUGGUCCAUGUAGGCUUCCUGACAGAGGAGUCUGGAGAUGUUUUCAGCCCCAAGGUGCUGAAGGGGGGUCCAUUGGGAGAGAUGGUCCAGUGGGCUGACAUCCUCACAGCUCUCCAUGUCCUGGGACAUAACCUGAAGAUCUCUAUGUCUGUCAAGGAGCUGCAGGGGUUUCUCGGAGUGCCUCCAGGCAGAGGCAGUUGCCCACUCACUGGCCCUCUGCCCUUUGACCUCAUCUACACUGACUACCACGGCCUGCAGCAGAUGAGGCAACACAUGGGCCUCUCGCUCAGGAAACACAAAUGUCAUAUCCGAGUGAUUGACACCUUUGGGACGGAGCCAGCGUACAAUCAUGAGGAGUAUGCAACCCUGCACGGCUACAGGACCAACUGGGGUUACUGGAACCUGAACGCCAGGCAGUACAUGACCAUGUUCCCUCACACACCAGACAACUCAUUCAUGGGCUUCGUUUCGGAGGAGCUGAAUGAGACAGAGAAGAGGAGCAUCCAGCAGAACAAAGUCAACAACAUGGCUGUUGUGUAUGGAAAAGAGGCCAGCAUGUGGAAGCUUCAGCAGGGUAAGGAGGGUUUCCUGCAGAUUCUCCACAGGUACAUGGAGGUGCACGGCACAGUGUACUAUGAGACUCAGAGACCUCCGGAGGUUCCAGCCUUUGUGAAGAACCACGGCCUGUUGCCCCAGCAUGAAUUGCAGCAACUACUGCGCAAAGCCAAGCUCUUUAUUGGCUUUGGUUUCCCCUACGAAGGUCCCGCCCCUCUUGAAGCAAUAGCCAAUGGCUGCAUUUUCCUCCAACCCAAGUUCCACCCGCCUCAUAGCUCUCUUAAUCACGAGUUUUUCAGAGGCAAACCCACUUCUAGAGAGGUGUCGUCCCAACACCCUUAUGCAGAGCAGUACAUUGGCAAACCUCAUGUCAUGACGGUGGACUACAAUAACUCUCUGGAGUUUGACUCUGCCAUCAGGGAAAUCAUGAGGACCAAGGUCGAGCCCUAUCUGCCUUAUGAGUACACCUGUGAGGGGAUGCUGGAGAGAGUACAUGCCUACAUACAGCAUCAGGACUUCUGUGCCCCAGAGCCUCCCUUCAUUCCAGCCAACCUCUCCAAACAGGGGUCUGCUAGUGGCAGCAAGACAGCAGGAGCACUGUUCGUGCCUCUGCCCAAUUCCACCGCCCUCGGUUGGUCGGCCAGUGUGACGGCUCCGCCUGCCUGGCCUCCUCUCAGGUCCCUCAGGCUGCUCGUAUCUCAAGAGGGCCAGUCCUGUGUGGAGGCAUGCCAGUCAGCCGGGUUCAUCUGUGAGCCCGCUCACUUCCACUUCAUCAACAACAAGGAGGCGCUGCAUGGGUUGGAGGUGCAGUGCGAUGUGGUCGACUCAGAGAUCAACCACAUCCUUCCCGCCUUCUCUGUGAUGCGACAGGAGUGUGGGCUCCAGCGGGAACCCCUCCUCUUCAGCUGCGCAGGUCACUCCCCCAAAUACAGACGACUUUGCCCCUGCAGAGACUUCCGUCACGGGCAGGUGGCGCUGUGCAGAGACUGUCUAUAAUGACAGGGCAUGUGAGGGACAGACAGACAGACAGAUAGGCGGGGCAAAGGGACACUGCGAGGCAGCCACAGCCAGAGCAGGUGAGAUACAUGAGCUGAUGGUGCAGUGACGCAGCUUCCCCAGUGAAACUGUAAGAGGAUAGGAACAGGCAUGCAGUGUUAUACAGUCGGCCUGGAUAGGUGCGGGUUUGAUUGUAGUUGUUAAAGCAGUUGUUCCACUGUAACAGGCUGGAGACGUACAGAACCAGGCUUCUUAGAACAGGGUAGCAUGAUACCAGCUGUCAGUACAACAGGGAAGUAUACUUCACGGAAGUCAAGGUCAAGCUUCCAACUAUACACAACAACAGUUCCUACAAGAUGUGAGACACAACUUUUCAUUUUCUGAACUGCCUCUCACCAAAAAUAAGGGGUUUCAGUUGGAAAAUGUACAACUUAAAUGACUGUAGAGGAACUCGGUAUCAGUACCCCAGUGUCAAAUCCAUGACAGAGUCCUCAAAUAUCGCGGCUCGGAGAAGGCAACCUCGGGUCAAUAUCCAAUCUCCUCUCGGCACUUGGACAAAGGAUGAUGGACAGCUGGUUAUCUCCCUGACUCUUCCCUCCCUCCUCCAGUGACGGAUAGAGUCAUUUAUCAGACUGAACCACAAGACUGAGGCAAUGUUGGUCAAUGCAAUCAUCUCUGGUCACAAAAACGGAGACGCAGGACAGAGGACAAAGAUAAAGGGUACAAGAUUAUUUUUCAAUAAAUAAGCCUUCAGAGCUUUCAGCUGGAUUUUUAAAGAGUCCUCCCGGGCUUUAUGUUGGAAAAAAAUUAUAAAAUAAAAAAAUCAGAACAGAUGACAAGUGUUGAGGUGGGUUUUAUAUUGCAUCUGGUCUGGACUGGGUUCUUUCUGAACUUUAUUUCAGUUGAAGAGUUUCUCCUCCUCCUGCACCAGCCACUCUCCACUUCUAAUCACAUUCUAUUAAUUUAAUCUGAGUGCAGGAGGCAACGGUUGAUCUUUUCCACAUUAAGUUGUCAGCCAGCACAGGUCAAAGCUGUUGAUUAGAAAGUGUCAGAGAGAGGAGGACGAAAUCAGAUUUUGUAAUCUGAAAGUUCCAGUAUUUUGCUUUUUCAUUCAGACAGAAGAAUGUUCACGUCCAUGUAGAGGUCGUCCAGCAGCUUUCUGCAAAACACUAGAAAUCAGUGAAGCUAAAAGGUCCCACUGAGUGAAACGGUCACCAUCACAUAGAAACUGUUGGAAUAAUGUGAACAUUUCUACUUAUUUAGCUGCUGUGUUGUUGAAACCUUUUUUUCGUUGCAAGUCAUUUGCAUGGGAGUUAAAGUUUUUCAUUUAAUAUUAUUUUAUUGGUUUGACACAGAAAAUUCAUUCAGUCAUAAUCCUUGGAAGGAAUCCAGAUUACCAGGGUAACAGCAGUUCGACUCUCAUUGAGUAGUGUUUGUCUGAAAUAAUAAAGAUAUCGUUUUGUUGUGUAGCCAAACAUUUCUACUUAAUAACUGACCUUUAUCCAUUAGGUCAUGAACAACCAUGUGAUCUGAUUUCAUGCUGCACACGUCGUGAGUAGUUUUCCGCACAUCAGCAGAGAUUUUAAGAAUGGCACUAUGCACAUCCUGUUACACAAUAAAAGCGACCUUCUGUUUUGCCCUUUGAAUGCUUUUACUGUGAAGUGGCAGUUGUUGCUGAUAUCAGUGAGAUAAAAUUUGAAACAGUAACACCGGGUUUCAUACAUGAGUUGUUUACUGUGAA